UUGGACUCCUAUCAUCCCCUUCAUCUAGUGUGUAGAACAGCCUGCUUCGCCGUGUCCAACUGUUUUAGCUAGGAAUAUCGACUGCCACCAACUGGCUUGGCUUAUCGAAGCGCUGUCAGUACUAGGGAGCUCACUCAGCACGAGACACAUGGGAACCUCUCAGUCGAAGCCCGUCCCCAGGGACGAUGAGAAAGUCCAGGUCCUCUCCCGAGACAUGGACAGUAUGAGUAUUUCACAGGAGAAGCAAUGGGUGGUUGAUAAUGAUGUCAAUGAGGGCCCUGCAUACACGCCGUCAGGCCUUUCCGUCUCCCUGGCGAAACGCUGGGAGGAGGCCUUGGUUAAGGAUCCCAAGAACCGCCUUGCUAUUUCUGCUCUCUCAACGAACGCUGCCACAUCGGUUCUCAUGAACCCGUCAGCGGUACUGGCAGACACGCAGACCUUCAAUGUUAAGAUCCCCUUUGAAGGCGCUCCGAUUACGAACCAGCGCUCCUCAGGACGAUGCUGGCUUUUUGCCUCCACCAAUGUCUUCCGCGUAGCCAUUAUGAAGCGGUAUAAUCUAAAAGAAUUCGAAUUGAGCCAGGCAUAUCUCUUCUACUGGGAUAAGAUAGAGAAAUCAAAUUGGUUCCUUGAAAAGGCAAUUGAGACUGCAUCUCUUGAUCUUGACGGCCGGCUUGUGCAGGAAUUGUUCAGCGACCCUGUCUCGGACGGCGGGCAAUGGGAUAUGGUUGCCAACCUGGUGCAGAAGUAUGGACUGGUUCCGCAGGCGCUCUAUCCUGAUAGUUUCAAUGCAAAGAGUAGCUCAAAGAUGGAUUGGCUUGUUACUGUUAAGCUACGCGAACAGGCGCUUAUUCUGCGCGAAUUGGCACAAAAGAAGACUCGAGCUGAGACUCUCGCGGCGACCAAGGAUAAAUUCAUCCAGGAGAUUCAUUCGAUCGUCACCAUUAUGCUAGGUGUCCCGCCUGAUCCUGAGGAGAAAUUUAGUUGGGACUUCUACGAUGCUGAUGGCAAGUUUCAUAAUGUGUCGCUCACCCCGAAGGAGUUUGCUGCCAGUCUCUCUACGAAGCAAGGCAUCCAGGCCUGUGGAGGGAACAUUUAUCAAUUCUUCAGCUUGAUUAACGACCCGCGGAAUGAGUAUGGUCGACUUCUGACCAUUGAUAAACUGGGAAACGUGGUUGGCGGGAGGCCGACUACGUAUGUUAAUGUGGAAAUGGAUACUAUCAAAUCGGCAACAAUCUCCAUGCUCAAAGCCGGCUUCCCCGUAUUCUUCGGUUGCGAUGUCGGGAAAUUCUCCGACUCCGCCUCUGGUAUCAUGGAUACAGAUCUCUUCAACUGGUCUCUUGGAUUUAACCUCACCUUCGGAACGGGGAUGACCAAGGCUGCCCGGAUCGAAGCCGGUGAGUCAGCCAUGACACAUGCGAUGGUAUUGACGGCCGUGCACCUCGAUAAGGACGGCAAGCCUGUGCGCUGGCGUGUGCAGAACUCCUGGGGUGAGAGCGCAGGUGACAAGGGGUGGUUUGUCAUGACCGAUGGGUGGAUGGAUGAGUUUGUGUAUCAGGUUGUCGUUGAUCCCCGAUUUGUCGGGAAGGAGGUCAGGGAUGUGCUCAAGCAGGAGGCGAAGGUGCUGCCGAGAUGGGAUCCGAUGGGUAUUCUGGCAUGAGUGGUGGCUCGUUUCUACUUGUUACAAGUAUUAUGAUCUUGUCUCUUUGUCCUCUGGAUCAGAUAUCGUUUUAUCGAAUCUUAAUGAACCAUUAUACUCAUGAAUUAGGGUUCACAACGCCAGGGGUAGAAUCCAGGAACGGACUCUCACAUUAUGAUGGUUAAGUGAGCCAGUGAACAUUGCUAUAUCAAAAAAGGAUUGCUCACAAUUAUUCCGGAUCUGUUGUGACAGUUAUGCUAGAUUUGAGGUGCCAAAGAUGGAGA